AGAAAAGAUUCAUUGAAGCUUGCAAUUAUAUGUGUUUUAGUUAGGACAUGAAGCCCCGAAGCAGAAAAACAUAAAAGAUAAAAAAUGACAGUUGCUGCAGGAAUUGGGUACGCCUUGUUAGCCUUGGGCCCAUCGCUUUCUCUCUUCGUCGCUGUAAUCUCUCAGAAACCCUUUUUAAUACUCACCGUCCUCUCCAGUACAUUGCUAUGGCUGAUGAGUUUGAUUGUUCUGGCGGGAGUUUGGAGGGCGUUUCUCCCCUUCAAAACGACGCCUUCCUCUUCUGCGUGGUUGCCCUAUUCAAUUCUCAUAUUGUCCUCCGUCGUCUUUCAAGAAGGCCUUCGGGUCCUCUUCUGGAGAAUCUACAAGAAGCUUGAAGAUAUAUUGGAUGCUUUUGCUGACAGAGUUUCUAAACCUCGGCUUUUCCAGACUGAUAAGAUGCAAAUUGCCCUAGCUGGUGGUAUGGGUCAUGGUGUGGCUCAUGCUGUCUUCUUCUGUCUCAGCCUUUUAACACCUGCAUUUGGUCCAGCAACCUUUUAUGUGGAGAAGUGCUCACAGAUGCCCUUUUUUCUCGUUUCUUCAAUGAUAGCUCUUGCAUUUGUCACAAUUCAUACCUUCUCAAUGGUCAUUGCUUUCAAUGGAUACGCGGAAGGGAAUAGAGUCGAUCAGCUUAUUGUUCCUGUUGUUCAUCUUGUAGCAGGGAUGCUUACGCUGGUAAAUCUUGCAUCUGGGGGUUGCAUUAUUGGCAUUCCCUUGCUCUACUGCAUGGCUCUCUUCACUUUGCUUCAUUGUGGAAAGAUGGUUUGGAAAAGAUUGGCUGACAGCCAGAACAGAUAGGGGCAUUCGUAGCUACCUCACCCUAUGCUCUUGUACUGGGCAUAUUUGAGGUGUGAUCAUCUGAAUUUAUCAAGACGAUAGUUUAUUCUCUAAGACUGAAAUUAUGAUGUAAUUGGUGCAUGAGAUAUUUUGUGCAUAUCAUGCUCUCCAGCCUGAAAACACCCCCUUUCUUAUCCUUUACAUGCAAUUCCUGUUCAGCCUUGUCUGUUAGAAGGUUGAUUGUCUCCUCUUUUGCCAUUUAACUCCUGCCAUGUAUUUUAUAUGUAGCCCCCUGGAGGAAAAUUGUAGACAAAAAUCCAUGUUAUAAACGUUCAUUUUAUACCUUUGAAUCCA